AUGUCUCGAGACUUAACAAUUGAAUUACAAUCUAUUCGUGAUGGUAAAGCUUCUAUCGAACAUCAAUUAGACAUUCACGUAAAUGAUCUCUUUGGAGUUCAAGAUAAUUUACAAUUAUCAUUAGAAGAUGUAUUGGAAGGAUUAAAAUAUGUUAUGAACUAUCGUAUAAAGGGUGGCAGACUUCCUAAUUUAGAUUAUGAAAUAAUGAAACGCUUAUGUGAAGGUCUAUUAUUUAACAUGCGAAAGUCUGAAGGUGGCUUACUAAAACGUAAAUUAACAUACGAGGCAAACCAAGCAUUCAUUCUUUUUGGUGAAUUUCUUGAAGAAGUUGAAGAAUUUCGUCAAACAGUUGGUGAAAAAAAUAUAUCAGAUCUUUACAAUUCACUUAAACUUCAUAAACGUUGUCGAAAAGAUGCUGAUCCCGAUGUUAAACAAGCUGCUGUUGCUAUCAUUUAUAUGUUGACUACUUGGUUUUCACAAUUUUCAGAUUGGCAUGAAUUGGUAAAAGAAGAUGAUCAUGAUGAUGUUGAAAAAGUUAUAAAAGAAUUUACCGAUUCAAUAAAAAAACCUUCAAUGCCCCCUCUUCAAAGUGCUGCUUUACCUCCUCCAUCAUUGUAUUUUGAUCGUGAUGUUACAAGACUAUUAAAAAUGUUUCGUAUUUCAUUAAACGAUGGUCUUUCAUCAACUUCUAUUCCUUCGCUAUUGGAACAUUAUGGCCAUAACCAAUUACCAGAACCACCAAAACCAUCAAUACUAAUGAUGAUAAUAAAUCAACUCAAAGAUUUCAUUGUUGUAAUGUUGUUGGUUUUUUCUGUUGUAAGUGGGGCAAAACAAGAUUUCAAGGGAAUGGGUGUCUUGUUAUUUGUUGUUGUUCUAAACACUUUAAUUGGGUUCAUACAAGAAUUCAAAGCUAAUAAGGCUUUAGAAGCUUUACAAAAAUUAACUGUCCCAAAGGCAAGAGUGAUUAGAGAUGGUGAACAAUCAAUUAUAGAUUCUAAUCAAUUGGUACCCGGUGACAUUGUAAUAUUGGAAGAAGGUGAUUCAGUCCCUGCUGAUUUACGUAUUGUUGAAAGCUCUAAUUUAGAAUUAAUUGAAUCAAUUUUAACUGGUGAAAGUAUUCCUACCUCUAAAAAUAUUAAGAAAAUUAUGACUAAAACAAGAAAUCUUCCAUUAGGCGAUUGUAAAGGAAAUGCAUUUAUGUCAACAAUUGUUGCAAAAGGUCGUGGAAAAGGUCUUGUAAUUGGAAAAAUUAGUGCAGCAAUAACUUCUGUUCCUAAAAUGAGAACUCCAAUUCAAAAAAAAUUAUCUAAACUUGGAAUAUGGCUAGUAAAUAAUACAUGUAGGAGAGAAACAGUUUCUGUUGUUCCUGAAGGCUUAGUUGCUGUUACAACAGUUACAAUGGCAAUAGGUGUUAUACGUAUGGCUGCUAGAUGCGCAAUUGUGAGAACAUUACCUGCUGUUGAGACACUGGGUAGUGUUACUGUUAUUUGUUCCGAUAAAACCGGUACUUUAACUGAAGGAAAAAUGGGACCAUGUGAAUUAUGGACUGCUGAUAAUUCCAUUUAUUCAUUUACCGAACCAACAUCACUAGAUCCAAACAAAGGUGGAAUUAUAUUUCAUUCAUUGGAGUAUCGACAAAAAGGCGGAUUUUCAAAAAGUUAUUGGGAGAAUAAUCAUAACUUUCUAAAAGUUCAUGAGAAACCAUUUGACAGUGAAAGAAAAUUGAUGAGUGUAGUAUAUAAGAUAAAUAAAGACUCUUCUUCCUCAUCACCAUCACAAAAAAAAGAAGAAAAUAAAAAUAAAUUUUUAGUAUUGGCUAAAGGUGCACCAGAAGAACUUUUACGAAAAUGUACACACUAUAUGGCUGAAAUUAAAUCUUCAAAUAAUAAUAAUGCAGAAAUUUUUGAUGCGAUUUCUGAAGAUCAUUAUAGUUCACCAUUAACUGAAGAAUUUGUCGAUCUUAUUUCUGAUCAAAGUUCAAGAAUGGCUUCAAAAGGUCUAAGAGUACUUGGAUUGGCUCUUAAAUCAAUAAAUACUUUUACUGUCAACAACAAUGAAAAUGAGGAUGACAAAAUUAUAACAGAAAAGGAAAAUGUUAAUAUGGAGGAUGAUAAAAAUAAUAUUCCAAUAAAUGAUGGUGAUAAUGAUAAUAUUGAGUCGGAAUCAAAUACAUCAACAAGUAAUCAUCAUUUAGAAGGAAAAGAUGAAGAAAACAAUUUAGUAUUUAUUGGUCUUAUAGGAUUAAUUGAUCCACCAAAAAAAGCAGUUAAGGAAUCAAUAAGAAUAUGUAAAUUGGCUGGUAUAAAAGUUAUAAUGAUAACUGAACUUGACCUUUUAUCAGAUGAAGCAAUUUCAGAAUUAAAUCCAUUUCCAACUGUUUUUGCUCGUGUAAGUCCAGAUAAUAAAUUAAAAAUUGUUAAAGCAUUACAAAAUCUAAAAAAUAUAGUAGCAAUGACAGGAGAUGGUGUUAAUGAUGCACCAGCAAUAAAAGCAGCAGAUGUAGGAGUAGCAAUGGGAUUGAGUGGGACAGAAAUAACAAAACAAGCAGCAGAUAUUAUAUUAUCAAAUGAUGAUUUUUCAACCAUAGUUGCAGCAGUUGAAGAAGGAAGACGUGUUUUUGAUAAUAUUUUGAAAUUUAUUGUGUAUUUAUUGAGCUGUAAUUCUGCUGAAAUUAUAAUAAUGUUAAUUUGUGCUGUGAUUAAUCUUGAUCUACCUUUCACCACUAUUAUGAUUUUAUGGGCUAAUAUCAUUGUUGAACCAGCAGAAAAAGAUAUAAUGAAACGUAAACCAAGAAAUCCAAAUGCUGGGGUUUUAGAUUUAUAUGCAACAACUAUACUAAUAACUCAAUCAUUUGUAAUGGCAUUACUAUCAUUUGGUGUAUUCAUAAUAGCUUUGUCAAUAGAACAUAUCGAAUUAGCUGAUGCUAGAUCUUUAACUUUUGCCACUUUAACUUCUAUGCAAUUAUUACAAGGUUUUUUUUCUAGAACUUUAUAUGAAAGUGUUUUUAAAACUGGAUUCUUUACUAAUAAGUGGAUGAUUGUUAGUGUGGUUGGAUCUUUUAUAGCAUUAUUACUUGGUACUUAUGUUCCAGGAUUAAGAGAAUGGUUGGAUUUAACACCUGUGCCAGCAUUUGGUUGGGCAAAAAUCGCAAUAUGUGUUAUUAUUCAAUUGAUAAUCAGUGAGCUUGGUAAAUUUAUUGGUAGAAUGUAUAGAGAUAAAAAUAAUAGAACUUAA